AUGGGAACCUGGCCAGCUAAAGUGGUGAAGCCCCUCCAGGUUGAUGCUGGUGCUGGGAUUAGGAGCCUCUUUUUAUUGGAGCCCAAUGCAGUGUUUGUUCUCCAUGGCAUUGCUCUUACGCUUGUCUUUCUUCUCCAUGCCUGCAGGCAGUUUCCAGGAUGUGGGAACAUAGUGACAUUCUCCCAGUUCCUGUUUAUUGCGGUGGAAGGCUUUAUCUUCGAAGCCAACUUUGGGAGGAAGAGGCCAGCCAUACCAAUAAGGUACUAUUUUAUCAUGGUGGCCAUGUUCUUCACCGUCAGUGUGGUGAAUAACUAUGCCCUGAACUUAAAUAUCGCCAUGCCGCUGCACAUGAUCUUCAGAUCAGGUUCUCUCAUAGCAAGCAUGGCUCUAGGUAUCAUCAUUUUGAAGAAAAGAUACAGCAUAUUUAAAUACACGUCCAUAGCCCUGGUGUCCCUGGGGAUCUUCACCUGCACUUUCAUGUCUGCAAAGCAAGUGGCAUCUGACUCCAGCUUAAAUGAAGAGGACGGACUCCAGGUUUUCUUGUGGUGGCUGCUAGGUGUUGCUGCACUCACUUUCGCCCUCCUCAUGUCUGCCAGGAUGGGGAUUUUCCAGGAGAUGCUGUACAAGCAGUUUGGAAAGCACUCCAAAGAGGCCCUUUUUUACAAUCAUGCGCUACCGCUCCCUGGCUUUCUCCUCCUUGCCCCAAACAUCUACCACCAUGCAGUCCUCUUCAGCCAGUCUGAGCUGUUCCAGGUCCCAGUGAUCGGGCUGACCCUGCCAAUCAUGUGGUUCUACCUUCUCAUGAACGUCAUCACUCAAUAUGUCUGCAUCCGAGGCGUCUUCAUCCUCACCACGGAGUGCACCUCCCUCACCGUCACGCUGGUGGUGACGCUGCGCAAGUUCGUCAGCCUCAUCUUCUCCAUCCUCUACUUUCACAACCCCUUCACGGCCUGGCACUGGCUGGGCACCACCUUCGUCUUCGUGGGGACUCUCAUGUACACGGAGGUGUGGAACAGCCUCGGGCCCUUCCUGGCCCGCUGGAGGAAGAGGCCGAAGGAGGAGUAACAGCCGGGGACUCUCUGCAGGGACCUUUUUAUUGUUUUAUAGAGCAGAGCAGCAGGGAAUCCCCCAGAGGGGGGUUGUUUUUAUAACACGGGGGAGGUGUUGGCUGUGCCAAGCUCCUGGGAAAGGUGGAGCCUCUGCUGGGAACCUACCCAAAAUGGAUCAUGGAGAGACGAUACGGUUAUUUUUGCAAGGUUGCAUUUUUUUUAUGCAACACCUUUUGCUUCCAACCUCUCCCCCUCUUUUGUUGGUUUGGUUUUUUUUUUUUUUUUCUUUUGAAUAACCCUUUUUAAGUAAUGUAAAUGCUGACCCAGUUCUCUGUUAGGAGCCCAGCCGUGUUGUGGUGCUGUUCUCCACUCUUCCUGGCUUUGAUGAGCUGGACCCUGAGCCUGUUUGGUGCCGUCCUUUAAUCUCCAGGUGGCCAUAGCAGAUGGCUGAGCCCUGGGGAACUGCUGUUUGUGCAGCACGUUGUUGGUUACCCUGGAAAUGUGAGUCCUUGUUGCCUGAUCCUACUGCCUGUGCUGGGAGGGUGUUAGAGCUGUAGCUAGAGCCUUCCAGUCUGCCCAGUAGAUCCUCCACUGGGGAAUGGCUCAGAGGGCUGAUUCUCAAGCCACUGAGCCCCCAUCACUCAUAGCGGGGCCCAGUUGGGAGCAUGAGGAAACCAAAAAAGGGUGAUGCUGAGGGGACAGAAAGUGCCACCGUGUCACCUUCGCAGCUUUCUCAGGGAGACGGUGAAGUGCUGUUGAGGCUUCGCUGAGUCCUCUGAUACGUCACCAGCCGGAGGGUGUCAGGGGUUCCUCCUGCUUUGCUUAGGUCCUCACUGCAGGCCACUUUUCAGUCGCUUCCUACUUUUUCCCUCAUUACAAGCGCGUUCAGUCGGCUUCUUUACCAGCAGGCAGCUGCAAGGAACUGUGCCGAGCCCCCGGUGCGCCUGCAGCCCGCCAGGAUCCAGCCCAACCUCAGGGUUCAAAAGAUGCCAAGAAACUUCAGAAGGGCCGGUACAGCUGAGCUUAUUUCUGCUGCUGGGGAGGGCUGGGUUUAUACUCUGCCCUCACCCAGUUCUCCUCUUUUCGUUUCUUCUCCCGCAUCAGCUUCGCUCGUGGCAUUUCUGCAUCGUCGCGGCACCCACCUGGCGCGGGAGCGGUGUCCCUCGGCGUCACCCCUCAGCGUGGGCAGGGUGGGCUGCGAGAGCUUUGGGUGUGCGCCCAAAUUGCGUGCAGGCAAUGCCUCUCUCCCAGCAAGGGGAGGAGCAGCAACCACGGCUCUCCUGAGGAGCUGCUCGGUGUUGGGCAGAGCGAGGGUUAGCGCGUGGAUGUCUUGGGCUCGGAGCAGCAGGGUUUUGUGCUGCCUCAGUUUUCCUGGAGCACCUUGUUCCCAUCGUCGUGAUACUGUCCCUGCUCAGCCGUGGUAAUUAAGGCACCCAGCGAUGUCAACCUGAUUCACACCCAAGUUUGGCCAAGUGAGGACCAUGCUCCGUUAUUCCUUCACCCAACAUCCCGAUGGCUUCCACAACCCCUCCAAACCUUAAACCUGCGCUCGUGGUGGGGUAACCCCAGCUGGCAGCAAAGCCCCACGCGGCUGCUUUGCUCGCUCACUGUCCCCCAACAGUGGGACUGGACCGGGGUAGGGGGGGGGUUAGGAAGAGCAAACCCAAGAAAAUCUGUGAGUAAAGAUGGUUUAAUAGCAAAGGAAAGAGGAAGGGGGAAAAAACCAAACCAAGGAUGGUUUAUUAGCAAAGGAAAGAGGAAGGGGAAAAACCAAACCAAGUGAUGCAAAGGCAACACUUCACCCCCUCCCACCAUUAGGCCUAAGCUCAGCCGGUCCCCAGCCGCCGUUCCAACACCUCCUCCCCUGUCCUUAUUGGUGAUCGUUACCUCUAUCAGCCGUCUCAAAUACGCCCCUUCCCAGCUUCUCACCCACCCAUGGCUUAAUCAUUGGUGGGGGGGGAAAACCAGGAAAGGCUUGAUGCUGUGGAAGUGCUGAGAAACUGGUUGUCAGCAGGAUUGUAGCCACAAAUCUGAAGCCCAGCACCCUACGGGCUGCUGUGGAAGAAGUCAACUCCAUCCCAACCAGAGCCAGGACGAUGCUGACGGGACCUGCAGCUCGCUCUUUCCUCAGAUGCCAAAGGGUUUGGGUUUUUUUCUCUUCUGGUUUUGAUUUUUUCUGAACCUGCGGAAACCUCUCGUACUUUGAGUGUCAGGCGUGGGACGUUGCCAAGGAUUUUGUAGAUGGAGAAACCCGUUUCCCAACACCCCAGCACCCAGUGCAGCCCAGCUCUCACUUCCAGCUCUUCGCGCAGGCUCCAGGGAGGACCCAAAGAGAGGCAAAACCUUUAAACCUCAUCUUGAUCUUCAGAGCUAUUCCCAUGGAGUUUCAGCUGGGACAGGGAGGCAGGGGAAGGCGACACAAAAUCGGCACGAAAGCAUCAGGGACACUGAGGGGUUGGGGUUCAUGAAAGCUUAAAAGGUGCGUGGGUGCCCGAGUGUAACAAACUGUACAUAGCCCACGCGUUCCGUCGCUCUCUGCGUACGUGCAUGUU